AUGCAGUUCUCCACCGCAAUCUACUCCACUGUCGCUCUGCUCAUGGCCAGCAAGGCUAUGGGAGCAGCCAUCGAGGUGCGAGACAGUGAAGUCGCUCAACGCGCGGCAAUGGUCGCUACGUCUCCUUACUACGCCUGCAACUGCCCAAACAACUGUAGCCAUAAGUCCGGCAGCAGCUGCAAGUUUUACAGUGGGCCUUCAGACAACUCUGACAGUGUCAGCGGAAAAUGUGUCUCGAUUAGCUACCAGUUGACAUGCAUUGCUACUUAGGAGAAAGGUUUACAUGAGAAAAUGACG